AAUAUAAAUAUUUCCAUGUUUCUCAAACCCAAUGAAUCACAGUAUCCAGAGUUAGAUAUAUACAUGUUCAAAAUAUCUUUUAAACAUUAAUAUACUAAUUGCUCAUGGGCAGUUUGAAAAAACCAAAAAAACUCUUGUUGAAAUACAUUGGUAAGAAAGGUUAACUACUUUGGGUUUUAUAUUUAUUGAAGUAAUGUAAGACUGAUAAAGGAAAUCAUCCAAGUGUGCCCAGCAGCUCCUUUUUUAGGGUGAGACAAUACCCAAUGCUAUUUUUUUUGUAACAUCUUAUUGAAAUAUUUUUUACAAUCAGAGAAUAUCGAUCUCUCCUUCUGACCCUCAUUUAUCUCCAUUCCUUAAUACACUCAACGAUCCAUUCCAAUUAAAAGCGCAAAUUGUUUUUUUUUAACAGAUCUUUGUAUUAAAACUGCUUUUAUUUCUCACUUCGUAUUUGGAAGCAAAGUACAAAUGAUCUAUUCGCCUAUUUGGUGUGCCCGAUUCAGGCUGAUAUGCACGUGCGAAUUCGAAACGUAAACAUGCCGGAAUUUUGUUCAGCUAUUCGGUUAAAUACGCGUAGGAAGAAAGGUUCGUUUUCCCGGGAAAGCGCCGUGGAAUUUCGCCGCGCCUUCCCGAACAUCCGAACACCAGGCAACCAAUGAAAGCACGAGCCGGGCCUCGCUCUUUCAGGCUCGCACUCCACUGGAACGAUCAGACAAUUUGCAAUGGCAGCGCAGGAGCAGAGGGGACGGCUUAAAUCUUUGCAGCGCCUGCGCAGUGGGUUCGGCUGAGGGGGUUGCCUAAUGAACCGGCUUUGCCAAUAGCUGGGAGCUACUGCAAAAAAACUGGCCUCCUAACGGUAGAUCAAAAUGGCUGAUCCUUGGGAAGAAUGCAUGAACUAUGCAAUUGUUUUAGCAAGAAAAGCUGGAGAGGUAAUCCGGGAGGCAUUGACAGAGGAAAUAACCGUCAUGAUUAAAAGUUCUCCAGCGGAUCUAGUGACAGUCACUGAUCAAAAAGUGGAAAAUAUGAUUAUAUCUUCUAUAAAAGAAAAAUAUCCAUCACACAGCUUUAUCGGAGAAGAAUCCGUUGCAGCUGGCGCAGGAAGUAUUUUGACAGAUAAUCCCACAUGGAUUAUUGAUCCUAUUGAUGGAACUACUAAUUUUGUGCAUAGGUUUCCCUUUGUAGCCGUUUCAAUUGGCUUUGUAGUAAAGAAACAGAUGGAAUUUGGAAUUGUGUAUAGCUGUGUAGAAGACAAGAUGUAUACUGGUCGAAAAGGGAAAGGAGCCUUUUGCAAUGGACAAAAACUCCAAGUGUCAAAACAACGAGACAUUACAAAAGCACUCUUAGUAUCAGAAUUGGGGUCCGACCGUGACCCAGAAGUUAUUAAAACAGUUCUUUCUAAUAUGCAAAAGCUCCUUAGCAUUCCUAUUCAUGGGAUUAGAGCAGUAGGGACAGCAGCUGUUAAUAUGUGCCUAGUGGCCACAGGAGGAGCGGAUGCCUAUUAUGAGAUGGGGAUUCACUGCUGGGACAUGGCAGGAGCCGGAAUUAUCAUUCUUGAAGCAGGGGGAGUGCUGCUCGACAUCUCAGGAGGACCAUUUGAUUUGAUGUCAAGAAGGAUCAUUGCUGCAAAUUGUCAAGCAAUAGCAGAGCGGAUAGCAAAAGAGAUCCAGAUAAUUCCUUGGCAAAGGGAUGAUGCAGUGAAUUAAAUAGCUUAUCAUAUGGCCUCUAUUUCAUAAAGAACUUAUUUGAUGCUCACCCAUUGUACCUGAGUAAAUAUAAGCUCAGUAAUCCAUUUUGAUAUGUUGCUGAAAUCCUUCCCCUCUCCAAUGUUUUUAACAUUUCUUUAGUAUUUAUCGUGUGUGUGGCACAUUUUUAAAUGUCAUGCUUUCUUGUCUCUGUCAAGAAAAUAAAUGGGAUAUGGUGCAAAAGGGGAUGGAGUAAUUCAUUUAUAUAAUUAAUAGUUCAGAACAAGUUUGAUUGUCCGUACAGUUCCAUGUGCCAUUUCUUCCUUUGUAUAUUAUAAGGAAAAAGAAUAAAAUCCCUAGCCAAAUGUUGUAAGAGAGACAAUUUCAUUUAAAAUGGAAAUGAAUUUUUAAAAGAAUUUGUUGACACAAAAUAUAGAAAUAUGAAGACUCAUUUUGUAGUGUAGGGGACUGUAUUGAUCGUUAUACAGGGAUUGGGGAAACUUUUAAGGGCAAGACAGACCAAAGGUAAAGAGAUGCACCAAUGCUUUUUUCCUCUUUCCCCUUGCAGUUGCCAUGAUCAGGUUGUUCUUUCUCCACCAACUUGAUUUCCUUGCUUAAUAAUGGAUGUACUGUUUUAAAUAUCUGUGGAACAACAUGCUGGGAAAAUUCACUGUUUGAAAAAUCUUCCCCACUGAUGCUUCCUAUUUAUAGGGAAAGAAUGCUUUCUGUUAACUUUCCUCUUACAUGCCUACUUUAUUCAUCGUUUCUAUAAGAGUUUCCAUAAACUGCAAUACUAAUUAUUGAGUAUUGUAUGGGGUAUAUAGCAAACACAGUGGCAGAACAGAAGAUAUGACCGAACUAAAAAUAAAAAUCUUAAUUACCUAGAUUUGAGUAGAAUAACACAACAGUAUUUUAUAUCAGAUUAAGCACUGUGAGUGUAUUUUGGUCUCUUAGAAUGGCAACAAUCAAAUAAGUGGUUUUUUUUUAAUAUUGAAUUUUUAUUGAAUUAGGCAUUUUACUUGGGUAUGUGAAUAUAUGUGUGGUUUAAUCAUUUAUUUCCAGUUUUCAUAAACUGGAUGAUUUGAAGUAGAUAUUUAAUCCAGAGUUGGAUUCACUUUUAGAAAUACUAGGUAAAUAAGUAUUUCAGUGCAGCAGAUUGCCUUGCAAUGGGUAAUUCAAUAUGUUGUAUAAACUUGCAUGUAUCAGUGACAUAAUAUGGGCCUUGACCCACAAAAGUGUGAUCUAUUUAUUUGUUUUUAAGGUCCCACAAGAUGUUGCAUUUUCUAAUAGGCUAAAAAGCUGGUUCUUUUAGGAAUUACUCUAAAUGUUUGAAGUGCAGUUGAGUGUUUUACUGUAAAUUACUUGAUAAGUGCUAUAUUUACUAGUGGGGAAAAAUUAUAAUUGAAGAUGUGAAGAGGUUUUACAAACCUUUAUGACAUCUAGAAGGUUGGUAUCAUAUAUUGAUGCUGGUGAUGUGCAGGACUCAAAUCUAACCAUAACUUUGACACAAAGAUUUGCAUGACAGAAUAAUUCGGAUAUACUAAUGACAUAUUCCCACAUUGAUGAUAAAUCAUAAAUGUAAGAUUUCAACCUAUUUUAUUCCAGGGGUUAGCAACGGAAUGUGAACAGACAUCAACUAUCCAGGUGUCCUAAUGUCUCUGAAAUGAAGUAAAAAUGUUUUAAAAAUACAAAUAGGCCAAAGUUUACAACUGUUUUCAAUUGUUGGGGGUGCCUUUCCUACAAGUUCAUACAAUGUUAUCUAGCCCUGAAAAGAUUCCUGAUGUUUUUCCAUGCGUAUUUUUUAAUCUUCUUGUGUUUUGGGUUGAAAAUUUUAUUAUGUUAGUCUUCUCACUUUAACUAUACCUAUGCAAGCUCUGGCAUAUUGGGAGAAUGGUUUGUUCCAAAGCACUGAUAAGUAUACAUAUAAUUUUCACUGAUAAGUUUUGUUUUUCCAGAUCAUUUCCUUUCAAAUUGUUUGAGUUUAGCCUCGUGUAGAAAUAAACUGUUCUUAGCCUAAUUCUCAUUUCCUGUUGAUUUUACUUGCGUAUCAAUCUCUGGCUUAACUCUGGGUGACUUGGAAUCCACUUCUGUGAAUUGUUGUGUGGAAACAAGAUUUGGUAAAGAACAAGUCAAAUAGGAAUACCUGGACUUCUGCAAAAUAUCUGAGUUUAGAAUAGUGUAAUAAAUUGAUUUAUAUUGUAAAAUGUACAAAUUGUUUUAAAAUGUGAGCUCAUGUUUAAAAUAAAGAUCAGUUUUUUCAGUUA